AUGCAUGUGAGAGAGGGAGGCACCGAAUACGGCACGGUCACCCCCGCCGGAGGGGAAGGAGAGGAGAGACUUCCUCCUCCGUGCCCCCAAACGCUUGGAGAAGAACAGCCCCAGCACCGAGCAGCAAUUGAGCGAGUGCUGAAAUCUCAAGGCCUCCCAAUGAUAGGACGGCCUUUUGGUUCACUUUCUUCGCUCUUGGCCGGCCGGGCAGCCUCCCGAAUGGGGACGCCAAUGAGCUCCCUGGGCCCGCUCGGCCAAGUGGCUGCGGUAGACAUGUCAGUUCAAUUUGCAUGCUUUGCAGUAGCAGCUGCCCUUCAAACAGAGAAGUUCUACGACAUCUCUGCCAGUUUGACGUAUGUGCUCUGCGUUCUCCUCUCCUUUCGGGCUGGCGGCCGAUCCACGAGGUGCAAAGUCAACUCUGGUCUCGUCAUCGCAUGGGCCCUGCGCCUGGGCAGUUUUCUGUUGUGGCGCGUGGUUCAUGACGGAGGCGACAGCCGAUUUGCGAAGGUCAAGAUGCAUCCCAGCAAAUUCUUCGUUUUCUGGGCUGUGCAGGCAGUCUGGAUUCUUCUGACCGCCCUCCCUGUGUACCUCUCCAACAGCAAGCCGAACACAGAGGCCGAGCUUGAAGAAGGCCUGCAGAGGCGCGGGAGAGAGAAGGUUUGCUGGCGGGAUAUUCUGGGCUGGAGUCUAUGGGGAGCUGGCUUCACUGUUCAGGUGGUUGCAGACAUGCAGAAGAGACUCUUCCAGGCAGACCCGAGGAACAAAGGCCUCUGGAUUCAGACGGGCUUGUGGAAACUGGCCCAGCAUCCGAACUACUUUGGCGAGAUUUGCAUGUGGUGGGGCCUUUUCCUUAGUUGUUCAACGACUCUCAGAGGAUGGGAGCUUCUGUCCGUGGCAUCUCCUUGCUUUGUCGCCUUCCUGCUGCUCCGCGUGAGUGGCGUGCCUCUUCUCCGCAAGGCUGGUCUAAAGCGCUGGGGUCAUCUUCAAGAGUAUCAAGACUACUUGAAGAGGCGUGACUCGCUUGCUGGUACCACUGCCUCGACGGUUGUGAAGCUGACGUGGAACCAGCGAGAAAACAUGAGUGAAGAUUAUCCGACUGAGAUCGGCUCUUGCUGUGCAGGUUUUUGGGUCUGCUUCGACGUGGCACUUCUUCAGCUGACAUUUGUGAUGGACUCAAAGAAUCGGGCCCCGUUGUUCAAGUACAGGGCCAAUGCAGCUUUGCUUUCAGCCAGCAAGGUUCGAUGUAGGCACCGCUUGUGUGCAGACAUGGUGGGGCAUGGCGAGAUCGAGCUACUUCCGCAAGGUACACAUGCUCCCGGAGACGGGUUCAACCUGGCAGCCGUGGCCAGGAACGUAGGAUUGCCAGACAACUGCCAGCGCCGCAGAGUCUACGAGGCUUGGCACGACUUGGGCCUGGGUGGCCGGAAUCGCUUCCUCUGCGCGGGCAGGUGCAUGGUCGGCCCGAACAUCGACAAGCGCUUUCAGAUGUGCACCUUCUGCGCUUUGUUUGUGCCGUCGCUUUUCUACUUUAUCUUCUGCAUGCGCUACCUUUGGGAGAAGGUCAGCCCAUGGAUGCCUGUGCUGACCGGCAUUCUGCUGUUCUCGACUGUUUCGCUGUGGCUUCUGACGGCCUGUACUGAUCCAGGCAUAAUUCCGCGUGCUUCACUUCAGCUCGCAGUUCCUGGUAUCCAGGAUGCUGUCGCGGCGGCCACAGGUUGCCGGCCGCUUCUAGCGGAUGGUGCCGGUGAUGUGCUUUGUGACAUCACUGCCCUGGAGGAGGAGCAAGGCUACAGGUUCUGUCAGACGUGCCGCAUCAUUCGGCCACCUCGCGCCUCGCAUUGUCGCGACUGUGACAACUGCGUCCUGAGGUUUGAUCACCACUGCCCGUUCGUCAACAACUGCAUUGGCCAAAGGAACUACGUGUUCUUUACCAGCUUCCUUGUGUCUAUUGCUUUCUUGGGAGUGGCCGAGCUCUCUGGCAUUGGCUUGUGGUACUCGCACUCUGCCGGAGGCAUCUCGGACGAGAUGCUAACGCUCCUCUUGCUUGCCCUCACACCCGCGCGCUUCUCAGCUCAGCAGGGUUGGCGAUCUUUGACGGCACGAGAAGCCAGUUCAACUCGAAAAGCUCAUGCUGCCCACUCUCUUCUGUGUCACGAUCGACUUGGUGGGCCUUGGGCCUUGCAAAGUUAUGUCGCGAGAUCAAUUUAG